CAAACAGAAGAAACCCCUCAUAUUCCAUAUCUGAAGCCCGUGUCUACCAUUUCCACAAGUCCCAGCUCACAUGACAUCUCUCCUUUAAUUGCCCUUUAAACUGUUUUAUGGCUUUAUAGCAGCCUAUAAAAGGUGAUUUCCAAAUAUGACAGGCGCUGAAAGGCUGAAGGGGAAGACUUUUCCAGGAGUUGUACUCACUACAUCUGCAGCUACUGCCCUAACGAGCUCAGCCUUCCCCAGCGAGGCAGACGCACCGCCGGAGCGCCGAGCGCCAUGGGCCGAUACUCCGGAAGGAGCUUCCGUUUACUCUUCAUGAGCGCCGUGAGCAUCGUGCUGUUCGUCAUGGAGCUCGUGAUUGCCCACAUGGGCAACUCCCUGUCCUUGGCGUCUGAUGCGUUCGCCGUCCUUUCCCACGUCCUCUCCAUGAUCAUCGGCUUGUUUGGCCUGCGGGCCAGCCACAUCAGACAGCACAGGAAGAGCACGUACGGCUUCCUUCGGGCAGACGUGGUGGGGGCGUUUGGCAACUCCAUCUUCGCCAUGGCCUUGAUGUUCAGCAUCCUGGUGGAAGCUAUCAAAAGGUACAUUAGCCCCCAGAAGACAGAGCUGCCACUGCUCGUUCUCAGUGCUGGAAUUAUCGGGCUCUUCUUCAAUGUUCUCAACUAUAUCAUCCUGGACUGCUGCUACUGCACAGCACACAGGCCCCCGGGAGACCCUGAAACAGGUGAUACCCUAAACACCCAGAAUGAGCCCGAAGAGAUGAUGAAAAGGGAGAAAAAGUCGGAAGCCCUGAAUAUCAGAGGUGUACUUUUGCACGUGAUGGGAGACGCACUGGGGUCGGUGGUGGUGGUGAUCACGGCCAUCAUAUUCUAUGUUCUUCCCCUGAAGCAAGAGGACCCGUGUAACUGGCAGUGCUACAUUGACCCCAGCCUGACCGUCAUAAUGGUCAUCAUCAUUCUGUCAUCGGCCUUCCCACUCAUCAAGGAGACCGCUGUCAUUCUGUUGCAAAUGGUCCCCAAAGGCGUCAAUAUGGAAGAGCUGAUGAGUAAACUCUCUGCCGUGCCCGGAAUUAGCAGUGUCCAUGAAGUGCACGUCUGGGAACUAAUCAGUGGAAAGAUCAUUGCCACCCUGCACAUCAAGGCUCAGAAAGACAGGGGCUAUCAGGACGCCAGUCUCAAAAUUCGAGAAAUCUUCCACAACGCCGGGAUCCACAAUGUGACCAUCCAGUUCGAGGACGUGGACGUGCCGGAGGUCCUGGAGCAGAAGGAGUCUCUCUCCCUAUGCAACUCGCCCUGUGUCUCCAAGGGCUGCGCCAAGCAGCUGUGCUGUCCCCCGGGGGCACUGCCUCUGGCCCACGUCAACGGCUGUGCUGAUCACAAUGGCUGCCCCCCUCUGGACAUGGGCCGGAGGGAAGGCCUCGGUGGUGGACGAGAACUAACGGAAGUGGCUAUUGAAGUGUCUUUGGAUGGCCGUGUGAGUGACCAUGGACCAGCUUUGACCAAAACUCAGGAGGACCAGUGUUAUGUCAACAGCACCCAUUUUUAAUCCGGUACCCACAGAAACAGACUGUAUAGACGAAGCACUUUGGAACCGCCAGCUGGGCCUGUGGAAGGAGCUUUGUGGGUUGUAGGCACUGACCAAACUGGCAAUGUGCACACUCUGGCUGGGUCCGUGAGGGGUUGGCUCUUUGGGAUGGUAAUUGACGGUGUCGGAUGAUUUUUAUGUGACUGAUAAGAUAACCUCUUUCUCUUAUCCUGGAUGUCUCGUGCUGCUCAACAGUUGUAGUUGACACGUUUAUUUCUCGAAGCAAACUGCACUGGUAUAUAUAUCAGGGUCCCUGCAGGCUGGGACUCUGACUGGGAUUUGAAGUAUUUUCUGUUUUAAACUGAUUAGAACUUCUAGCUGACUCUCAGGUGAGCUCAUAGCCAACCAAGUACGUCGCAAAAACUUAACCCUGACGGCUAUGGCUGUUCCCUUCUACCGGAAGAUCAUAUCCGAAGGAAGAUAGGUAAUCGGUCACUGCAGACAUUUUUUCCUUUGACUCAUUGUUGAAUAAAUGUAAAGUGGAUACCUAUUAAGGUAGAAAAUAUGCUCAGAACAUCAGAGGAAGUAGAGUUUAGUGGGGGGUGGGCUGGGGGGGUGGGGGAGAGGGCAGGAAGAAAACGCUUUUGGACCACCUCAUUUUGUGAAGUGCGGAGAAAAGGAAUGUUUACUUUCUGCUGUGAACUGAACGCUAGCUGUAGGGUGUUUCCAAUGUUUAAAUAUAUAAAAUGCUUUUCCUUUUCCCUGGAAAUGUGGGAACAUUUCUGCUUCCUUAAAUAUGACACAACUACUUCCGUAUAUACUGUCUUUUAGAGUCAGUCCAGUUUGGACUGUUUUCAUUCACUGCUUAAAAUGACUUACUUAUUUGUCCAAA